AUCCGAUACCAGCUCAUGUUAAACGGCAAAACCGUAAUUUCAGAACAAAUCAAUAAUUCUUCAAUUUAUAAAUACAGUUACACACAAAACCAUGCUCCAAAUCCAAACUAUCAACAUUACCCACCGGAAUACUCGCCGCCGGUAAGUCCCACUCACUCCAAUUCCCAUUCUCUUCUUCUUGUUAUUCCAAAUUCAGAUACCCAUUUGAGAAAAGUGAACAACUUUGAAGAAAAAUUGAAGAAAAAACCAACCACAUCCAAAAAAAAAAACUGCUCCGGCCAUAAUGGAGAAAUAGAAGUAGAAGCAAAACAACGACGCCGCAGAAUGUUACUUUGUGGAAAAGCUUCACUAAACGGCACCGUUUCGGGAUCGGUGCCGGUGUAUCUUAACGUGUACGAUCUGACAACAUUCAACGGUUACGCUUACUGGCUUGGUCUCGGAGUUUACCAUUCCGGCGUUCAAGUUCAUGGUGUGGAGUAUGCAUUUGGGGCACAUGAGCAAGAAUCAACAGGAAUAUUUGAAGGAGAUCCAAGAAAGUGUGAAGGGUUUAGAUUUAGGAAGACAAUAUUGAUUGGAAAAACAGAUAAAGAGUUUGGUGAAGUGAGGGAAGUGAUGGAAAAACUUGGUGGUGAAUACAAAGGAAAUGCUUACAAUUUGAUUACAAAAAAUUGUAACCAUUUUUGCAAUGAUGCUUGUCUUAAGCUCACUGGAAAUUCUAUACCUAGUUGGGUUAAUCGUCUUGCUAGAAUUGGUUCUAUAUGCAAUUGUGUUAUACCAGUAACAUUGAAUUCAACAAAAGUGAGACACCAUCAUAGAAUAGAAGACAAACAAUGUGAAGAAGAGAAACAAAUUAAACAAGCAUUAACAAGUGAAUCAAACAAAGUUACUGUUUCAAAUUCAACACCUUCAGCUUCACCUUCACCAGCACCUUCUACUAGCUCUGGUUUAAGAAGAGGAAGAAGUCGAACAAGACGACCUCUUCCUCCACCUUCACCUUUAAUUGUUGCUUCCUCUUCUUCUUGAUGUUUCAAUUUUUUAUUUCUAAUUUUUUAUCAACUUUGCAAAAGUUGCUUUUGUAGAUUGAAUUUUUAAUUGAAAUUUGUUAUUAUCAUUUUUUAAA